UGUGCCGUCAAAAAGUACUUACUUUUACGGCAGUCAGCUAAAGCUACAGACGCGAAUACUUCAAAAUGAGUGGAAGAGGCAAAACGGGUGGUAAAGCCAGAGCCAAGGCUAAGACUCGCUCAUCCAGGGCAGGUUUGCAGUUCCCCGUCGGCCGUGUUCACAGGCUUCUGCGCAAAGGCAAUUACGCCGAGCGCGUCGGUGCUGGUGCUCCUGUUUAUCUGGCGGCUGUGCUCGAGUAUCUUACCGCUGAGAUCCUGGAGUUGGCUGGAAAUGCCGCUCGGGACAACAAGAAGACCCGCAUCAUCCCCCGUCAUCUGCAGCUGGCGGUGCGCAACGACGAAGAGUUGAACAAACUUCUGGGCGGAGUGACCAUCGCUCAGGGCGGCGUGCUGCCCAACAUCCAGGCUGUGCUGCUGCCCAAGAAAACCGACAAGCCGGCCAAGGCCAAGUAAAUGAAUUGCGGUUUGAUAACUACCCAAAACACCCAAAGGCUCUUUUCAGAGCCACCUAUUUUCUCCUUUACAAGAGCGAGUUGAAUGAUCUGAUAGUCUUUAACACGUUGACGCAGUAUUCCGUCUGCGUGCCCAUCAGUGUGGUGAAAUUCUCAUCCUUAAUUUUGAGGCUAAGCAUUUUAACAACCCAGACAAAAUAAAAGUGCAUUGUAGAAUUUGUCAGGGGGUGUAUGCCAAAUUCCAGAAGUGCUCAUCCCCACAGUCGUGUACAGAGGGGAAAAUGCUUUAUUUUGAAGGCAAUAAACAGGUUUUUCUACCAUAUAAAAUACAGUAAUGUAUACAAAACUAUCAAAUAUAUUAUGUAAAUGACUUAUUUAAAAAAAAAAAAAAAAAAGCUGAAUAAAUAUAAAAUCUAUAAUGAAUGUAGUGGUCCCCUGGAAGUUGUGUCACUGGUGUUACCAUUUAACAAAAAUCUCUUAUUUUGAAAUAAAAAAUCACACUGAUGACAUCACUUGACUUCCUUUUUCUUAUUUCUUGAAGAUCUAUGAAGAAAGGCCAAUGGAAAGUCCACUGUCUCUUUUCAGUUAUCAGAAAUUUUAAUUAGAAAAUCAUAAUUUCGUAUGAAGCUUCUAGCUGAAC